AUUUUCACAUACCAACUUCUUAUUUAGUCGAAAUGUCUUCUCGCAAAUGCAGUGAAUGUGGCCAGGUGCAUCUGGCCGGUGCAAAUGGAGCCAUUUACUGUUGCGGAUCAUUGCUGCGGGCGGUACAAAUGUCGGGAGUGUUUAAGGAUAGUAAAUACUUUGUGGAUAUGAACUGCCGAUAUUCCCCGGAACGUAUUCUCGCCGACUUUCAGUUGUUUAGCUCGUCGAAGCGGAAUGAGACUUCGAUGAAGCAUCUGUCGAACUUUGUCGAGAAUCACUUCGAUCAGCCGGGCUCGGAGAUGGAGUAUUGGAGUCCACCGGAUUGGCGCAGUGAACCGGCGUUUCUCUGCAAUAUCAAAGAUCCGCAAUUGAAACGAUUCGGUUCCGUUUUGAAUCGCAUCUGGAAGCAGCUCGGUCGCACCAUAAAGAAUUGCGUUAGGACGAGCCCAUUGCUCUACUCCCUGGUCUAUGUGCCCAAUCCGUUAAUUGUGCCCGGCCCUAAUUUCAAUGAAUUCUACUACUGGGACACCUAUUGGAUUGUCCGUGGACUGCUGUACAGCGGCAUGGCUCAGACAGCGCGUGGCAUGAUUGAUAACCUGUUGUAUCUGGUGCAUCAGUAUAAAUCGGUGCCACAAGGUGGACGCAUCUACUAUUGGGGCCGAUCGCAUCCGCCGAUGCUGGUAGCCAUGGUUAAGUCCUAUGUGGAGAUAACCGGUGAUGAAAAGUAUGCCGUCAGAGCACUGCCACUGCUCGAAGUCGAAAUGGAUAACUUUCUCAAGAAUCAUGCGGUGCAGGUCGAGGGUCGUACAAUGUAUCAAUAUCGCGAUAAGUCAACGGGACCGCGACCCGAAGCGUAUCGCGACGAUGUGGCCAGUGCGUCCAGUUUCUGCACGGAUGAGGAGCAGAGCGAACACUUUGCCCACCUGAAGGCUGCCUGCGAGUCCGGCCAGGAUUUCAGCUCUCGAUGGUAUGUCUCGCCGUGUGGCAACAAUGUGGGCACCAUGGCCAAUAUCAAGACAACCUGGAUCGUGCCCGUCGAUCUCAAUUGCAUACUGUUCCGCAACUGUAAAACCUUGGCUGAGUUCAAUGUGCUGGCCGACAAUCCGACAAAGUCGCAACAUUAUCGUCAAACUGCCUGUGGACUGAUCAAGGCAAUAACGGCGGUGCUGUGGAAUGAGGAGCGUGGCGUCUGGCUGGACUUUGAUGUGAAGAAUCGAAUACAGCGUGAUUAUUUUGUUGUUACAAAUCUAUCGCCGCUCUGGCUGCAUGCCUAUCCCAUUGCGGAUACGGAGAAGAUCUCAAAGUCUGUGUUGGCCUAUAUUGAGGAAAAUAAUCUCGAUAAUUUUCCGGGUGGUGUGCCGCACACACUGAACAACACUGGCCAGAAGUGGGACUAUCCCAAUGUAUGGCCACCAAUGAUGUAUAUGCUGAUCGAGGGCCUCAAUAAUCUGGGCACACCCGAGGCCACGAAUAUGGCUCAGCAAUGGCGCACGCGCUGGCUCAGAACCAACUAUGAGGCCUAUUCCCAGACGGGUGUCAUGUACGAGAAGUACAAUUGUGAAGUAUUUGGCGAUGCUUCCGGUGGUGCUGAAAGCCAAAAUCAGUCGGGCUAUGGUUGGACGAAUGCUGUGCUGAUCGAAAUGCUGGCCAGAUAUGGCAACGAGUUGACCUUAUCUGAUGCAUCGGCUGACAACUGUGACUGUGACUGUCCACAAGUGGAUGUGAGGUCCGCUUUAGAGGAUUGCCCCAUCACAAGUGAGGCGUACUUGGAGAAGAUAGCGGACGGGUUGAAUGUCGACUACGAACAGCAGAUUGACUUAUGUUCGCAGGCAUACAGUAAAAAUGCUUACGCAGAUUUCAGCGUUACGACGAGCGUCACCGAGUACUCAGUGCCUCCGAGUGAAAAAUGUGAGGAAAUUCCCCAGUCCGUCGAUAAAGCUGCUCAAGCCUCCGAUGGAGAAUGGGGAAUGACUGGUUCGGCGCAGCUGUCAACAUUGAAAAACGAUAACGCAUCGCAGGUGUGCUCAGUGUGUUGCCGUCAUUGUGGUAGAAUGGAGGAGAGUCAACCACUGCCGGAAGCCGGGCCCAUUUCAAUUGAUAUGGAUGAGAUCAACUGCCUCUUGGAUUUGAGUCCGUCCGACGCAGAAGAUAUGCGAGCCACGUGCCCGAAUGAUGAUUCAGCAACGCAAUCGAUUAAGACUGCAACCGAAGACGAGGGUCAAGACGAAGGAGACGCCGUAGACGAAGUAGACGACAAUGAAAGUUGUAAAUGUGACGAAAUUGAGGAAAGUUUGAGCUGCACUGCUCCACCUCCGGCGCCGAUCAUGUUGACGAAAGUAUUCCCACUUGCCGAUGACAUAAAAUGCCCGCUGCCAACUGAGCCUGAGCCAGAAAGUACAGAUGGUUGCACCUGUGACAAUAAGAAGGCAAAUCAAUCGGCGGCAGAAUGUGAUUAAAAUGAGAGCAGCUGCAAAAAUUGUGACAACAUUAACAAAAAUCAUAAGAAUAGUCCAAAUUUAGCCGUUAUGCAAUACAGAAGCAAAAAGAAGUAA